GCGUCGAUAUUAUCCGCCCUCGCCUUCUCACACACAACAUCUUCACUUCAGCUACUCCUAAGCUCAUCGAUGGAGAAUUUAUUGUCAAGACCUGCUCUAGUCCUAUCACACCUCAAGGUGCUUCAAAGUCCUGAACUGAGAGUGCCUCAUUAUGAACCCGUGGUCACUUCCGAAUCGCAGUCCCGCAGAUCGGGACUGUUUGAUACCAAUGAAUCCCCUGACGUCGGAACUUCUAGCCUCCCAACAACGCCAACGCAGAGGAACGUAAUGGUGGACAGUGCCUACAGCUCUAUUCACCGUGAAGAGCGACAAAAAGCGUCAGUACGGGACUCACAAUCCAUAGACCUAUCACAACGAGAUGAUCACUCGGAAGACGUGUCAACAGAACAAUACACGCCCUCCACAGAAGACUUUUCUGAGAUUGAGCGGAUCCAAUCAAACACCACCAACAAUAGCACUGGAGAUGACUCAGUCUCGACUUCGACCUGCGGAGUGCCAAAUCAUACACUCACAGAAGGAAGCACCUGGGGGAAAUACAGCACAACAGAAUCGAUUGCGGAUUCUGAAGAUGUUCCAAUGCAAGCGCGCGCGACAACACCAUCAAUGCAGACAGCUAGUUCCGCAGAGCUACCAGAGCAGUGGACACAAACGACUCAUUCGUCUUUGAACCGAGAAAGUUCUCCACGCAUUCACUCUCUAUGGGCAGAGGCCGCAGAGCAAGCGAUCCCAGGACAUAACCUAUACACUGAAGAUUCAAGAAAGAAGUUCUCAUACUGGAGACGUUUCUUAUUUGCUCGUAAGAAUGGUGCCGGCGGCGAAAAGUCAGUCUCUCCAACGAACGGCCACAUCAUCCAGCCUUCUUCGAGUUCCGCCAAUACCGUAUCGCAACACAGAACUCAAACCCCCCCAGAUGCAGAGCCAAGCAUCACUCAACCAUUGAUUGCCCAAAUCCAAACCAAUGAUCCCCCGGAGGUGAAUAUGCAAGGCAUCCGGCCAGUAGAGGGAACAUUAACGUCCGAAGGCCCGGUCGAGGUGAACAUUAGUCACAUGUUUCAACUUAAGGAUGUUCCAGUUACAUCUCCCAGUCUCUAUCUAGCAGACAACGGGCUGUAUGUGGGCAAGUUGCAGGGGAUUGCCCCUAAUUCGGCCGCUCAACUUACUUGGAGAACCGUGUUGCGCUUGAGACUAAUUACAGAUAUUCGCCCUGUUCUCACAACGCUACCGAAAAGCAUUCAUCGGGAUGAGACAAGAGUAGAGUUAGAACUUUGUAUGGCUGGCCGGCAGCCAGACAGAUCGGAAACAGUCUCUCUAAAGCCCAUGAUCUGGGUCAAAUGCGGAAGCAAGCAUUGCGCCAUGGCUGUGGGCAAAGCGCUAGAAGAUCUCUCAUACCUUCAACCGUUCCCUUUCCACGUCAGCCUCGAUGCGCCAAGAUUUGCCAGCAAUAUUACUGGGCCAUCGCCACUUCAUAAAGUCGUCGGUCAAUCGUCGACCUUCAUUCCAGAACAUCGCGGGGGGGUCACUGAAGGGGAUUUGCACGACGGAGCGCAUCAAGCACGAGUCCAAGGAGCUUACAGUAGCGCCACAGCUAAUGAGAAGCCAGUUGAAACGGAAUUUUCCAUGAAGCUACUCUCAUCUUUCCACCAGCAGUCAAGUUCUAAGUCUUAUCGAUAUCAGAAUUUGGAGCAAAUGGAUGAAAUAUCGCCGGUCCCACUUCCGCCGCCACAUCGAAUCUCGAUGCCAACCUCUUCUCAGGCAGUUGCAACUCACUACCAAAGUUCGAAUGCGUCAGAACUGAACAAUGGGGCAGGAGAAGAGAAACAAGUCUGCGCAACGUGCGGAGUACGCAUCAGCUUCGAUGUGGGGACAGCCGCUGGCCCAGUUGAUGUCACAUGCACAAUUGGAGGUGUCAUUCAGGUUGAUGAACGCCUUUACGGUCUCACAACUGCCCAUGGAAUAUGGGAGAUCGAUGUUACGGGGCGGAAUGAGCACGGAUCUUGCCGCAUCUUGGGCAAAGAACACUACAUCAAGAGAUAUUCUUGGUACAAUCGCAUAUGGGAAUCUUUUUCCGUAGCAUUCUCGGGCUAUCCUAAAAUCGGCUGCCUCACUGACUGCAAUCAUACGCGUCAGGCGCGAGAAGUUGAGGGAGCUGACUUUGCAUUAUUAAAACUCGAUAACCUGUCAGAGGCGAGAAAUUCGUAUAAAAGAUUAAACUCGGUGACAGCCAUAAGAGCUCUUGCUAGCGAAUUGGAAUCAGGUUUUGUGUCGAUCAUGUGCUCGGAAACCGACGUUCGAUCCGGAGAGCUUCUUCGUGGAAGUGGCCUUAUUAUGGAUCGAUCAGGGGUAUGGGAAACCAAGAAGGUGUUCUGCGACCCCCCACUCGAGAUGGGAACGUCCGGCGCAUGGGUCGUUGCGAACGAUAUCCUGGUAGGUGUGGUCUUAGCGACAUACGAUAAGUCCCCUUACAUUCACAUUCUACCGAUUUGCAAGGUGUUUGAUGACAUACGAGAUGUAGUCGCCGGCGAUCGAGAUCCUUCGGAGGUCAAAAUCUCUCUACCCCAGUCUCUGUCACAAUCAGUAUCUGUAAAAGCGAACCUCGAGAAGAACCAACACACCGCAAAGGGCUCCCAGAAUUUCGGCAAUGUUUUAAGUGUGGGAAGAACUUCAAUUUCCAAUCAAUUUUUUUUUAAAAAACAAGAAAACUUCGACAAUGUCUCAGUGUCAGGGUGGGAGUUUACCUUGAUUUUCAUUUCCCUCGUUGGCGCCCAACUCCUCUUGAGCAUUGACUCUCAUAGCAUUGUUACUGCUAUUCCAAAAAUUACCGAUGAUUUCAAAUCCCUACUAGAUAUUGGCUGGUACGGCAGUGCCUACCAUUUGGGAAGAGCAGCAUCCGCCUUAUGGCUCGCAAGAAUCUACAUUUACUUCAAAAAUAAGUGGGCUUUCUUAUGUUUCUUAGCCAUCUUCGCAAUCGGAUCAGUCAUAUGUGGCGCUGCAAAAUCGUCCACUGUGCUUAUUAUUGGCCGAAUUAUCACCGGGUUCGGUAGCUCUGCAGCUUCCCGUGGUGCUGGUGUCAUUUUGCGCAGCUAUGCUCCCGAAAAGAGACCAAGGCCCAAUCAUAGAUUAAGUCUCUUGGCUUGGGUGAAUCUCGUUGGCAUACCAGUCGGGCCACUUGUCGGAGGCGCUUUCUCGACAUAUCAGACCUGGCGGCGAUGCUUCUAUAUCAUCAACCUUCCUGUAAGCGCUGUGAUAGCCCUGGUAAUUGGCUUCAGCAGAAUCCCAGAGCAAGGAACAAAGGAUAAAGCUUACACUCUGUUACCGCGUCUGCAUCGCAUAUUCGAUCUUGUGGGUUUUGCGUUACUUUGGCUGUCAAUUUCAGGGCUGCUUUUGGCGUUACAGUUCGGUGGCGUUUAUUACACCUGGCAGUCACCUGUAGUUAUAGGACUGUUUUGUGGUUCUGGGGCGCUAUUCCCUCUUUGGCUAUGUUGGAACUUCCGCAAACGUUAUACGGGAUUGAUUCAUUUUCAGGGAAGAGAUGUACAGGCACCCAUUCUUUUUCAUGCUAUCUUCAUGUCAGUUUUCUACGCUGCUGUCUACUAUCUGCCCGUCUACUUCCAAAGUGUCAAAGGAGCUUCAGCUAUUCUGAGUGGAGUUUACCUAUUACCAGGUUUACUACCUUUGCCGUUCAUCUCCUUUCUAUCAGUUGCUGCAGCUCGGAAAUCAAGCUUGAUACUUCCUCUUGCAUUCACAGCUUCGAUACUACUAUCCGCCGCCAAUGGAAUAUACUCGUUCCUGCAAGCGGACAGUGCAAAAGGAUGGUGGGUGGGAUUCCAGAUAAUGGGCGGCAUUGGCGCGGGACUAGGUUUCAAACUGGCAUCUACUGUUGUUGGAAGCAGAUUUUCACAAGAAACCUUUCCCCUCGAUCUUGACUACCUCACAUUUGUGGAAGCGCUGGGACCAGCUAUUUCCUCGACAUCGUGCAAUCUCAUCUUCUCUGCAAGUCUGAAGUCGCAGAUCUCCACACAUGUGCAGAACUCCGAUGUUGCUACUGUUAUGGGAGCGGGGGCUACUAGCUUUCGCAUGGUUGUUCCACAGAGCGACUUACAGGGCGUCCUCCUGGCCUACUCCAACAGCAUAAAUCGCACGUUCUAUUUGACAACGGCGCUAUCAGCAUGCUGUGCUGUUGUUCUCGGGAGUUUAGUUGUGCGAGUUCCCAUUCAGUUAGCUCUUCGGAGAAACGCCCGGAUUGUGGCACAUCAAUGUGAGAUAACCAGGACAAAUCAUUAG